AUGAACAGGAUACGAGGCGAAGGCGGACGAUUCCAUUCGGGAAGUAGAAAGAGUAUGGAGAACUCUGAUCAAUCAGUCGAUACUCAUAAACUUUUAGAGGAUAUCAAGCCCGACACAGUCUCUAUAACCAUCAUACAGGAAGAAGAAUCUGCACAAGAGCACCAACCAAACCAAUGGCGGAGACUCGCGCCGCAGCCGAUGCAGUCCACUUCAUAG